AUGACGACAAGCAUGGCUCCUGUGGACAAGAACUUGGACGGGAAGGUGCCGCUCUCGCUGUGCCAAAUGCUCGAGACCGAGAAGACCGCCUCGGCACUCAAGGCGAGCGCCGAAGAUGAGGAGCUUCCCGCGCCGAAGAAGAGCUUCCAGCCCUACCACGCCCAGAGUGUGCCAAAGUCGGAGGACCUGGAGGCUGUGGCGUUCAGUCGACAGUCCAGUGGAGAUGCAGGAGAUGUGACCACGAUGAUGCUUCGGAAUAUCCCCAACAAGUACACGCAGAACUCGUUGCUCCAGGAGAUCAACGACAUGGGGUUCUCGGGAACAUUCAACUUCUUCUACCUCCCGAUGGACGUUCACAACCGCAGCAACGUCGGCUAUGCCUUCAUCAAUUUUCUGCGCCCGGACGAUGCCGAGCUCUUCCGCUCAAAGUUUUCGGAUCAUCGUUUCCAGCGGUUCCAGAGCCGGAAGAUCAGCAGCGUUUGCACUGCACAUGUCCAGGGCUUGCAUGAGAACCUCCGCCACUUCCAGAAUCGCGCCGUGACGCAUGCAAGGAAUGAUCAGUACAGGCCAGUGGUUUUCCGCAACGGCAGCCGCGUGGACAUCGAGGAGAUCCUAGCGGAGGCGAAAAACACGCCCUCGAACUCCGAGGACGAGGCGAAGAAGGCCAAGGCCAAGGAGCCGGAGCGCAAGGCCAAAGUCCCUGAGGCGAAGCGUGCGCCCAAGGCGCGUGCCCAGAAUGGACGCAAAGGCCUGGAGGAUGCGAUCCGCCAAAGCCUCGAGGCGCUGCAGGAGCGGAUGGCCCAGUCCUCACAGGAUGCUCCCCCACCGCCGCCGGGCCUGACGCCGCCCUUUGAUGCGGCUUCUGGCACCGCCGGCGCAAUGGGUGGAGGGCCCGAGAGCCAGGAGGUGAGGCAGCUGCUGAACCUGCGAGGUCUGCUGCUGGACCGCCUUCUUCACAAGGAGGAGAACUUUGUCUACAACCAGGCCGCAGCCUUUCUCGCCAUGCAGCAGCUGCAGGAGCAGCAGUACAUGCAAAUGCCGACUCCGGCCAUGUGCCCAACGGCUGGCUACGCAGUCCCCGCCUCCAGUGGCAAGUGGGAGGAUCCCGCCUAUGUUGACUUGAAUCCUUACAUGGGAAAGGCCGGGCUGUGA